AAUCACAAAAAAUAUCAGCAGGUAUAAUUGAAGUUUAUUACAAAUACAAAGUAAUAGAAUAGAUCGUACAGCUUCAACAAAAAUGAAAUGAAAUUAUCUCCGCGUUGUGCUUUAAGAUUAACUCAAUUAAAUUACAAUAAUGAUUUUUAAUUCUUUACAAUUAAAAAUAAAAAGAAAGAAAAAUAAAAUUUAAAAAUUAAUAAACAAGAGCCAAUUGAAGUCAGUUCGUUCACAGUCCUUCAAAGUCCGAGCACAGUUCCGUUCCACGAACAGCCUUAGGAGGAAAGUUUUACGCAAAGUUCUUGAAUUGGAAGUGUCCGGCAAAGUAUUAACAGUUCUUAACGUAAGUUGGUUUCCCUCAGUAUCUUCAUUGCAGACAGUUAGUAAUUUUCUUGAAUGGAGAGCAACCGAGGAACGAUGGAAAAGAGUUGGGCGCUGGGUUUUAUCAUUAAGAUCCGAGCCAAAGUUAUGCGGGACAUCGACCAGGGCUGGGCGUGGGUGGUUAUGAUGGCGGCCUUCUGUACGCAGUUUAUCACUGGAGUGCUAAGUUACAGUGUCGGGGUCUUCCACAACGCCUUACUGAACGAAUUCAAAGAGGAUCUCACCUUUACCUCUUUGGUGGGAUCUGUGUACACCAGUCUGCUGUGUCUCACGGGACCUCUUGUGAGCUUUGUUAUCAACAAGUGGAGCUGUCGGGUAGCAGCCAUAACUUCUGGUUGUUGCCUUUUCUCGGGGUUCUCUCUCAGCUUCUUCGCUCCUAAUUUGAUUGUUUUACUGGUCACAUACGGCGUCAUUGCAGGAAUUGGUCUAGGAUUCAGCGCUAUAUCUGCCGUUAUUGUAGUUGGCUACUCUUUCGAGAAGUAUCGUGGAAUUGCCGUGGGUGUCAAUGUAGCCGGAGCAGGUUUAGGAAUGUUUGCAGGCGGCCCUUUCAUUCAGUAUCUAAUUGAUCAAUACAGUCUUCGAGGAGCCAUGCUAGUCUUGGGAGCAUUUGGGGGUCAAGCCAUAGUGUUUGGUGCCUUAAUGAGACCAACAGAAAUCGAAAUGUCAUACAAAACAACGAACGAGAAAUCCGAUUCCAAAAAGAAGAGUCAUUUUCAGUGCAGUGUAUUUAGGAACAAAGCUUUUCUAUGCAUUCUCGUGGCGUCAUUUUUCUGGAACGUGCCAUACAAUAUCCUUUUUAUACACCUGCCCCGCUUCUCUGUUGAGUAUGGUGCAACAGACAUGCAGGCGGCCUUUUUGAUUACAAUGAUUGGACUAGGCAGCACGCUCAAUAGAUUUCUUGCCGGGUUAGUGCUAGGGCCCGGGGGCAUCGACCCUCUGCUACUCAACUUUGGAUUCCUUGGGAUAUUUGGUCUCACAACAGUCACAUUCCCCCUUUACAGUGCCAAAUAUAUCGGACAGAGUAUAUACUCAUUUGUUACCGGGAUAUACAGUGGAGGACUAAUUGUGCUGAUCAAUCCCCUCUGUUGUGAAAUCGUUGGUAUAUCCCAAUUAUCGUCUGCUGUAGGAUUUUAUUUCACAUUGGCGGGAAUAGCUUGCAUACUCGGAGGACCAUUGGCAGGUGCCCUUAUUGAUUUGGGGGUGUCUUAUGAGGGAGUCUUCUUCCUAUCAGGGAUCCUUUGUAUUAUUGGCGCAUUUGUUAGUCUGUGCGCGUCCUUCUGGCAUGGGAAAUCCGAUACGAAAGAGAAAGCCACCUCAUUCGUUGACUUCAAAGAGAGUAGAUUUCUCUCUGGUUCAGCGUAUCUCUCGGGGUCAUUUACUGUAAUCGUCGAAGACGACAAGAGGACACAUCUCAGGAAAAGUAGAGAUAGCAUCAUGAGCAAGACUCCAAAUGGAUACAGCGAGAGUGUAGAGAGUCUGUUCAUGGAUAGAAACGGACUACCGGAUAACCAUUACUUAUCCCCCCUCAGGGCACUUGACAACCCUACCCCAGGCACCAUAAAGAAAUGGCUGACACGCCCGGAGCGAAGUUCAGACCAGUCUUUGUCGUGUUCCGGUCUCCAGGUUCAGGAAAUCAGACUCCUUUCUGAUGAAGAUCGCACAUAUCCAACCGCCCAUUUUGGCAAAAAGAUGUCGAAAUGCGAACUCCCAAAUUCAGUGUCAAUCGGAAGUAAACUUGACCAGGAAAAUCAUGAAAACAGUCCAAAUGUCGCGAGAGGGGCCACCUUUUCCGAUGUUGACCGGGGCUGGGCGUUCGUGGUGCUCCUGUCUUCGUCCGUCUGUAUGUUUGUCGGUGCCACACUUAGCUAUGGGACGGGAGUCGUGCAUGUGGCCUUGUUGGAGAAAUUCAAGAAAGACGCUGCUUUCACAUCCCUGAUCGGGUCCAUAUUCUUUAGUCUGCUGAGUCUGAUGGGGCCAGCAGUGAGCUUUGUGGUCAACAGAUGGAGCUGUCGAGUGGGCACCAUACUGGGGGGAUUCCUAGUCUUCACUGGGUUUACCUCUAGUUUCUUUGUGACAGAGAAUCUGACCGUUCUGCUACUGACCUACAGCUGUAUAGCAGGGUCUGGUAUGGGCUUUAUAUGCCUUGCACCUAUCAUCGCUUCAGGAUACUCAUUUGAGAAGUACCGUGGGACGGCAGUAGGCUUCACAGUGAUGGGGGCCGGCUUUGGGAUAUUCGGAAGCGGACCGCUGACCCAGUUUUUGUUGGACACGUAUGGACUUAACGGAACCUUUUUGAUUCUUGGCGGCCUUGGAUUACAAUGUGUACUGGCAGGUGCCUUAAUGAGACCAUCUCAACUCGAAUUAAAACAGAAAAUCAAUUUGCAAAUGGCCAAAAGGACGAAACAUGGGAUUGAAAGCAGUAGAUGCAAAAUGUAUUCUGACCUUUGUCGUAAUAAGACUUUUAUCAUGAUAGUUAUUUGUGGAUUCUUGUGGAAUGCCGCCUACGCAAUAGUCAGUGUGAAUCUUAGUAACUAUGUGUACUCACUAGGAACGAAUAAACAAGAUGCCGCUUUUCUGUGGACCAUGGUCGGGAUCGGGAGCACCGUGAACCGAUUACUUGCUGGCCUUACCCUAGGACCAAACGGCAUAGACCCUCUACUGUUACAAUUUGGGUUUCUUGGUAUCGUUGGUGUACUCGGCCUGACGUUCCCAUUUUAUGCCAGUAUAUUCAUAGGCCAGAGUUUAUUUUCUCUGAUGUAUGGUAUCUACAGCGGAGGGCUUGUUGUUCUCACUAACCCUUUGUGUUUGGAGCUGGUCGGACUGCAACAGCUUCCGUUGGCUGUAGGGUUUAUGUAUUUCAUCGCCGGUUUCGGCAGUAUAUCCGGACCUCCAAUCACUGGUUUGAUAGUGGAGGCUUUGGACGACUACUCCGUUGCAUUCUACUUAGCAGGAGGACUUUUUCUUCUUGCUGGUAUAUUCGCCCUCGUGUCCACAUUUUGGAGAAGUGAGAAUGCAUUUAUACCGGCAGCAUCCAUUUUGAGUCUCAACAGUGCACGGUUUCUCUCUGGUUCCGCUAUUUUCUCCGGGUCCUUGACUUUCAUCGUUGAUCCUAAGAAUAUCGUGAACGCUGAAUGUGUUUCUUUGUAUAGCCUUCAGUCUAUGACACGCAAAAACUUUGACACAAGCACUGAUAAUGUUGCUAAAAUUCUACUUGCAAGAAAAUUUCAAAGCAGAGACAGGACUCAAAGUGAAAACGAUGUUCAUUUUGCUAACAAUGUUAAAUACAGUCCCAUCGUGUUUAAAAAACGGACUUCCAGUGUUGAAAUGAAUGGCAAUAAGUUAGUUAAGAUUGAAAAUGGAAAAACUAAAUCGGGAAAAUGUGUCUUUGACUGCGAUAUGAUACCGACCGGAGGUAGCUGGUCAGUAGUUGUUCUCGUAGGUGCCUUUGGAUUACAGUUCUUCACUGCCAUCCUGACCUAUGGAACCGGAUUCAUUCACUUGUCCCUGUUGGAAGUGUACAAGGAAAGCGAUGCUACUACCUCUAUCGUAGGAUCACUGUUCAUCAAUCUGAUGAGCGUCACAGGGCCCUUGACAAGUUAUAUAAUUGACAGAAUUGGUUGCAGAGUGACUGCGUCACUUGGAGGGAUACUUUUGGUUGUUGGACUAAUUGGGUCACAUUUUGCAUCUUCCCUUUGGGCAUUGAUAGUGACUUAUGGGAUCAUAUCAGGCCUAGGUAUUGGGCUAGCUCUGCUACCCUGUCCGGUGUCUGUCGGCUUUGCCUUUCCCAAGCACAGUGGAAUUGCGAUGGGUAUAACAACUGCUGGGGUGGGGAUGGGGAUGUUAGCGAGUGGACCAAUAAUGCAGUAUCUCCUAGAUACUUAUGGUCUGCGAGGGACAUUUCUCCUCUCUGCAGCCAUUGCAUCUCAUACCAUACCCUGUGGAAUGUUGCUGAGAACUCCUCAUUCGAAAAUUCAGAAACAAGGGAAAACGGAGGAACGGUUUGCAUAUUUUAAGACUUACCUGACGUUAUUAAAGACUCCAGCGUAUAUGUGUGUCUUACUGGGAGCCGUUUUAUGGAAUAUAGCAUACGCUGUCAUCAUGAUUCAUCUUCCAAAUUACGUCGUCCUCUCUGGUUCAUCUAGAAAAGAAGCCUCAUUUUUGUUUACUGUGAUUGGAAUAGGUACUGUUCUUUCAAGGAUAGUCAUAGGACUGGCAAUUGGUCCUAACGGCCUCGACCCACUACUGUUGAAUUUUGGACUGAGUGCCUGUAUGGGUGCUUUGAUUGUAACUUUCCCAUUGUUUGUAAACCUCUCAUCAGGACCCAUGGUGUUUGCGUCUUUGUACGGGAUUUAUAGCGGAGGGUUACUUGUUUUUACUGUACCCCUGUGUUUGGAGAUUGUCGGGGCACGAAGACUUAACUCUGCUAUAGGACUGUGGUUUUUUCUCAUCGGCUUGGGGUCCCUUACUGGCCCCCCUCUUAUUGGCCUUGUAUAUGAUAUAACAGGAUCUUUUGGAUUGUCCUACAUACUAUCAGGAUUCUGUGUUUUGCUAGCAGCAUUAUUAACACUAGUCGCAACAUUCUGGAGAAAGCUUUUGAAAAAUGUAGAGGAGGUUUCGCCGAAUGCUGAAUUUCAACUAAAGUUAUGGGAAUGCAUUGAUGAUUUAUCGUGGAAAUCGGAAGUGUUCAAAGAAAGCGAAGCGACAACCUCUAUUAUGGGAUCGUUGUUCAUCAAUCUGAUGAGUGCAACAGGCCUUGGUAUUGGGCUAGCUCUGCUACCAUGUAUCGUGUCUGUGGGUUUUGUCUUUCCCAACCACAAUGGGAUUGCGAUGGGUAUAACAACUUCUGGGGUGGGUAUGGGGAUGCUGGCCAGUGGACCAAUUACACAGUAUCUCCUAGAUACUUAUGGUCUGCGAGGGACAUUUCUUCUCUCUGCAGCCAUUGCGUCUCAUAUCAUACCUUGUGGAAUGUUACUAAUAACGCCCUAUAACAAAAAUCAGAAGAAAGAGAAAACAAAUGAAAGAUUUGCAUUUCUUCAAACUUAUCUUACGUUACUGAAGACUCCGGCGUUAAUGUGUGUCCUCAUAGGAGCCGUUUUAUGGAACAUAGCAUACGCUGUCAUCAUGAUUCAACUUCCAAAUUACGUCGUCCUCUCUGGUUCAUCUAAAAAGGAAGCCUCAUUUUUGUUUACUGUUAUUGGAAUAGGUACUAUUCUUUCAAGGAUAACGAUAGGACUUGCCAUUAGUCCUAACGGCCUUGAUCCUUUGCUUUUGAACUUUGGAUUGACAGCCUGCGUGGGCGCUUUGAUCGUUACCUUUCCAUUUUUCGUAAAAUUUUCAUCAGGACCCAUGGUAUUUGCAUCUUUGUACGGGAUUUAUAGCGGAGGGUUGCUGGUUUUUACCGUGCCCCUGUGUUUGGAGUUUGCAGGGGUGCAGAGACUUUCUUCAGCAGUAGGACUUUGGUUCUUUCUUCUUGGAAUGGGGUCUUUUGCGGGACCUCCGCUUGCAGUUGACAGAAUAAAAUGCUACGAUUACUCUUCACUUGCCUCUUUUGCUAGAAAGGAAGAGGCGGAAGAAUUUUGCUGGAUAGACUUUUUUGAGGCGACAAACCAUAGCAACGUCUGGGUUCCGGAAAACAGUCUUCCACAUAAAUUAUUCCCGGUUUUAUUAAUAGGAGAAUCUGCUUGUGUUCUCCUGCCUAUAAUCCUUUGGUAUUGGUGCUAUGGCCGGGGCAUCACUGAUGACGUCAAUUCUAUUAUAGAUCACGUUAACUGUUUAACAGAUGCGUAUUCGCAUUAUGAUAGAGGGAGACAUUUGACAGUUUCAGAAAACCUACAUAACCAUCUUGAUAAUUACCUGCAGUUUCUUAUAUACUGCCUUACCGCCCGAGCACGUUCCACGUUCAUCUCUUUUAUAGUCAAAUGGCUUUGUGUGAUCUUUAUACUGUGUGGCUGGGUUGUAGGUCAUUUUCUGAUACAUAUGGGUUUUAAAUUUGAAAUUUUCCGAGACAAAUUUGUUUGCUUAUUCAACACGGAUAUAUCAGGGGUACAGAGUGUAGCAAUCUGUACGAUACCUACCUCUACUUAUCUCAGAGCAGUGUGGUUUAUAAAUAUGGCGGUGACAAUAGCUUUAAUCAUUGCAACAAUCGGAUAUGUAAUUGAUUCCUGCAGGUCGAAACUUUACGAAAAAUCCUUUCUGUACAACUCCGUCCCUGGUUGUAUGGAUCGACGAUUAGCCAUGUGCGUCAAGAAGUUUUUUGCCUCACAACAUGUGUCUCUUCUUGCAAAAUUUUGUGAAAUGAACUCUCAUCUCUUGUAUGAUGUUGGAAAAUCUAAGACGCUAUCCAGGAAGUAUGCUCUUCUGGAAGGGAUCUCCCCUGGAAGAGAGUCAAUGGUGGACAGGCAUUACCCCAUCAUCCAGCCUUACCAACUAGAUGAGUUUGUGAUUCAGUCUGAAUUGCAUUACCUAAACGUACAACCUAAAACUACCAAACACGGAUACAGUGAUAAUAAGUUAAAAGAAACAAACGAUAACAAAUCUGACCCCAAACCCAAGUUCUUUAACAAGCGUAAGAGAAAAGUCAAACCAAAAACCUCACGGCGAAAUGGCCAGCUUAGGUAUAUGCCACCUCACAUACUGAACAGAACACUACAUAAAUUUGGAAGCGAGUCGCCAUCUUCAUUCCGAGGCCAGAACGAGUCUCCAAUCACACACAGGAGUAACCAGACACAGCUCACCCUGGAGGAUCUAGAAUUCAAAACGUCAACUCCAGAAAAGGGAACACUGUCCAGACAAAGUUUCUUCUUGCCUAGCUUGGAAUCUAGCAGGGUGCAGAAUAAACAUUUCAGACCUGCAUACCCAUCCAACGUUAUCCAACCCUCACAACCUGCUAGUACCCGUACGAGGGAGCUUGAUCCUUACGCUUAUCGGCUUUACACAUCAAUUCUAAGAAAGAAAGCGGAAAACAUUGCACAGUGGAAACCUUAAUAAAAAGUGAAAAAGAAAAGCAUGUAAGAGAAAUAUACACAUGUAUUAAAUAUGGUUCAAGAGAAAAAAAUAUGUCACACUAUACUUGAAUUUCAAAGUUGUAAUUAUAAUUUUUUUCUUCACAAUCACAAAGGGACAGUAAAGAUUUUAGAAGGCAUCAACUGAUAUGAUAAGCUACUAUUAUAAGGAAAGUGUUUCGAUUUUGACCUUUUAUUAAGAUAAUUAUUCAAUAUACAAACUUUGUAAAAUAAGAUAGAUAGAUACUAGAUAGAUAGAUAGAUAGAUUAUUGCGUUUUUAUUAUUCAACUAGUUUAUACCUCAUUUUUAAUUAGCAUAACCUAUCAUGACAAUGUGAUUAAAUGUUUUGUCGUAUUGAAGUACGGUUAUGAUUGAAUAACAUAUUGGAUUUUUUUAAUUGUAAGUUACACUAUAUAUUAAUAAAUAUUUAAAUAUUUAAUACAGAUUCGUUUCAUUGGUAUAGACAGACGUUAUGAGUAAACGGCACUGAAUCAUAUCUAUCUAAUUUUAUUGCGUUCAUUGUAUCAUUACUAUAUUACUAAUCAAUGCACUUGAAUUUCAAACAUGAUAUUAUUUAGGUCUAACUUGAUUUCAUAAGAACAUGAAUGUAUUGAUUCACAUUUCCAAUACUAUUGUAUACAUUUCAUGAACUUCUCGUAAUGUCUAAAAAAAAAAAUCCGAACGUAUUUUCAAAAGAAGUUUGUGUUGUAGUAAAUAUUAGAAUUAUUUUAUUUUACUAAAGAGCGUCAAAAGUCAAUUUGUUGUAGACUUGUCUAUUUGCUUGUUGGCCAUUUAGUUAUGUUGUGCCUGAAAAAUCAGUACAUGUUACAUGUACUUGAAGUACCAGCAUCAAUUUCAACCUGCGUGGUGCGAAAACUUAAGUUCCACCCUGAGAAAAGACAACUGUCUUUAGUUUUGGUGCGAAAAUCUAAGUCACACAAUAUAUACUAAACGACAACUGUCUUUAGUUUACAAAAUAGCUCAAAAACUUUCACAUCACAACAACAACAUUUUUUAAUUCAGAGACUUUUAAAUGGUUUUUAUGUUGUUGUUUUUUUUAUACCUUGUGUAUAUCUCUGAUUAUUCCAAACAACUUGGCAAUGCUAGUGAAACAACUUACAAACACGCUGUUUUAUUCAACUGCUAUAGGACAUUGUUUCACUUCAUUACAAAUACGACAAAGAGAUUGAAUUAAGAUACUAAAAUCGCCAUUUAACCUGUGCAUAUUACACAAACUAUCACAUUUAAGAGGGAUAAUUAGCUUUGUAAAUGAACCCCAAGGCGCGAUUUUAUCACUACAUAUACUCAACAAUUUCUUCGACGAUAAAACAUUAGCCAGAUUUGAUUUGAUUAUCCGGAUUGCUAAUCGAGUUACACCAUACUGCCAGUGUCUUUGCAACUCUCAAAGACGCUUUAGCAGUAUUCUAAGGUGCUAUCGAAUACCGAAUUUUCUAUUUGAUAAAAAGAGUAUUAGAUCAAUUAUUACUUUCCCAUGAAUCGCGAGAGAUGACUUUCUUCUUUUUUUUUUUAAAGUGAGAAAAUGUUCUCUGUUUAAACACUGAUAACAGAAUUUUAACACAAUGAGUAUACUUUUGACUCCGUUUUCAGAGACAGUCCAACCUUCCAUUAUCUCUAGUUUAUACGUAAUAUUGAAAUAUUUAUCACUAAGAGUGUUUUAGUUUUGUAUUAGGUGUUCUCGUUUCUUAUUUUAAGUAAUCUUACAGAUUUUAAUGCAUUCAUUUCUAUUAAAAGUGAGAAAAUUUACAUUAAGCCUAACAUUAGAAAACUGCUAAUCAAAGGAAUCUGAUGUUUUUAAAAAAUCCCACAAAUUGGAACAAUGCGUACUCUUAGAAUGUUAAUUUCAUAUGCCUUAGAAGCACAUGUACAUUUAUUUAUCAAAUGGUCCUUAGUGUAUUACAUAAAAGCGCGUAUGGUGAAAUUGUGUUAAGAGCAGUCGAUUGUGUUUAUAGUAAGUGAAUGGAGUGUCAUAUAUCUUUUAACGAAAAAUAGAAAUAAACGUGUUCUUCCAUUGUCAAUGUCUGUUUAUGAAUUUUAAAUCUUGAUUAUCUUGUGUAUCUUGUUAAUCUUGUUUAUGAAUUUUAAUAUCUUAAAGUAUUUCCUUUCCAAAAGAAGUUUAUA